AUGUUUUCCAUAUUCUACACUAUACUAUUUUUAAGUGCCUUUUUAAGAGUUAUCCCAGCACUGGAAUUAAACAUUUUGAAGGCCGCUUGUCCAGAGGAUAAAGACUUUUGCGCUCAAAAAGCUUUUCAGGGUGAAUGCUUUGGUGGAGAAUUGCCGGCAAAAGUACUACGAAAGGAAUGCCCGUGUUCUUGUGAAAAUGCUUUCAACGCUCGAAUCCAGAAUUGUUGUUUGGCGGUCGGACCGGUGGACACACGCUUUUGUCUCCCACUUUGUCUUUACAAUAUCACCGCGCAAGAGCUCUCGUCAACUUUGGCCUUUCGUUGUGCUUCUCAACUACCUGUUUGGAUAUACUGUCUUGCUGAUGGACAAGAUUCCACAGAGUGCUGCCAGGCUAAAGAAAUUCCGGCUCGAUGUCAUCAAUUUUGCUCGGCGCGUUUGCUGAGUUGUGAAUGGGAUGAGGAGGAUCGACUCGAUGAAUGUUUACUCUACAUGGAUCAGAUCAUCAACUGUCACAAGGAUAACCUCUCACCGCGGGCGAAAUUCGAUCAAUCUUGGCGAUCGACGUGUCCAAAUUUCUCAUAUCAAGAGAAU